GCUUGAGACGUCAGGAGGAAAUGGCAGCGGCGCCCGCGGCUUUGGGCCGCACGCUCCGAUAGCGACAACAACAGCGAGAACAACAACAACAACAACAGUAACUACAACAGCAUAAACGACAACAACUGCGUGGUCAACAAGGCGAACAUCCACGACAACAAAGACAACAACUCCGUGAGCGACGGCAGCGGCGGCAAGAGCGACUGCACGACUUGACAAACGACAUCAACAACAAAAACAUCAACAUCGCCACACCACCAGCGACUAGAGCGACUAGAGCGACAACAGAGCCAGGCACCACGUCGACAGCGAAGGCACCAACCACCACCACCGCAUCAUCAUCAACAACAACAACAACAAAGAAGAGUGGUCACGCACCGGCCCGACGGGGCUGCCGCCGUGGUGGUGGUGGUGGUGGUCACCGCGGUCGUGGUUGUGCUCGAGGGGGAGGAGGUUGCGGCAGCCGUGGCGACCGCCAUGUGCGAGGCGGAGGAGCGCGCGGACAGCCUGGAGGGGUGGGUGGCCAUCCGCGCCGACGCCUUCAAGGAGGAGGCGCGGCGCCGCGUGGCCUUCAUGGUGGCGUGGAACGACGUGGAGCAGAAGGCGGCCAUCAGCUGCCACGACCGCACGGCCCAGCGGGAGCGGGCCCUGAGGGCGGCGCGGGGUGGCCCUGGGCAGCAGCAGCAGGUGGAGGUGGUGGUGGAGGUGGUGGAGGAGGUGGGAGACACGAGCUGGGCCGGCCUCUUCUCGUGCGAGGAGCUGCGCGGCCUCCACGUGCAGCUGAGCGCGCUGAGUCCCGCGCUCGAGGCCUGGGUCCCGGCCUUCCCCGAGUCGCCCUCGGGGGUGUGGGCGCUGCUGUUCCCGGCCCACGCCGGGCGGCUGCGCGACCCCGAGCGGGAGGCGCUCUGCUCGGCGCUGCAGCUCUACCUGGCGGCGGCUCUGGACGCGUGCGGCUGGACCGUGCUGCGGGAGCUCAUGUUCGGGCAGGACGACGAGCUGGAGCGAUACUACGAGAGCCUCAGCGACCUGCGGCGCGCGGGCCACGAGGCGGCCCUCACGCGGGCCAAGGCCGCGCUCAGGGCGACGUUUGAGCAGCACAAGCGCACGGAGCGCCUGGUGGACAUGCUGUGCGUGUACGCGGCGGAGGACGACGCGUACGAGCAGCUGGUCACCGCCGCCGCCGAGCUGCACCAGUACCUGCUGCAGCCCUUCCGCGACAUGCGCGAGCUCGCCAUGCUGCAGCGCCAGCUCAUCCGGAAGACGCUGGAUUCGGAGGAGCUGGGCCCCCGGCGUGUGCAGGAGCUGCAGCGCGAGGAGCAGGACUGGGCGCAGAAGGCGGAGCACGCGGUGCACGCUAUCCAGGACAUCACCGUGCAGUACUUCCACACCACCGUCAAGGCCCUCAAGGCCCUGCUGAGUCAGAUGGAGGCCGACGAGCGGCAGUUUGGGCAGGCGGCGUGGGGCACGGUGCAGCAGCGCCUCGAGCGCCUGCGCUUCCUCGUCGCCAAGGAGACGCUGCAGCUGAUGCGGGGACGCGAGAUGUGUCUCACACGCAAGCGGCAAGACAUCAAGCGUGAGAUGUCGGAGAUGACGGCGGGCGAGGACGCGCAGGAGCAGCUCGACGCGCUGGAGCGCAACUUCUACGGCGUGCAGCUGGAGCUGUACGCGGCGCAGCUGGAGAGCCUGCGCUGCGAGGAGCAGCUGCUCACCACCUCGCUCGACUCGCUCAAGCGGCAGAUCCGCGAGCGCGAGGACGAGGUGACGUACUUCGACGCGUACGAGAGCCUGGAGGACCUGGAGGCCUCCGUGCACUUCCGUGCCCAGCAGGCGGCGGGGGCGGCGGAGACGGCGCGGCUCCGCCAACAGGCGCUGCGGCUGCAGAGCAAGCGGGCGCGCAUAUCCUCUAAGCGCGCGUACCUGCGCAGCAAGCGGGAGACGUGCAUCGCUCGGCAAAGGCAGAAGGAGCAGGAGCAGGAGCAGCGCGACGAGCGCUACCGGCAGCACCACGCCGUGCACCUGAAGCGGGAGCAGCAUCGGGAGGGGAGGAGGAGGGAGAGCGAGCGAGUGCAGAGCGAGCGGCAGAAGACGCUGGAGCGGCUGCAGGCGUACCGCCAGAAACACCCACAGCAGAUGGUGCUGCGACCUCCACGCUACCAACCCCCGAGCACACGGCGCGGCGGCGGCGGCACCAUCAGCGCCGUGAGCAGCCGCUUCCCGUCGCUCCUGUCGCUCUGCUCCGUCUCCUCAUCCUCCUCGUCGCCAUCGUCGCGGCCGCAGCCGCUGCUCCACACCGAGACCCCCAAACCGUGGCAGGCGCCGGCACGCAAGCCCGAGCGGGGGGCCCGGGCCCCACGCGCCCCCCGCGACAUCCCCGUUCACAUCUUCUGCGCGGGGCCGCCCGCGGGAGGCGGUGCGGGGGCGGACGAAGCCGGAAGCGCACCGCGGGACGAGUCUCCUCUGCGGGACGAGUCUCCUCCACGGCCGCUCACGGCGCCGCCGCCGCCGCCUCCCGGCCCUCCCCCUCCGCCGCCCCCCCCUCCCCCGCCGCCGCCGCCCCCCCCGCCGUGCCCCCCCCCUCCCCCGCUGCCAUCGCCGGAUACGCCGGGCGCCGCCGGGACGAGCGGGCGCGCCGAGCGCGCCGAGCGCGUGGCCCGGAAGGAGGCGGCGGCGGCGCCGGUCGCCACGCUGCUGCUCGACACGGGGCUGCUGCGCGACGCGCGAAGCCGCCUGCGCAGCGCGGCACGCAGCAGCAACGGCGGGGACGGCAAUGCGGCCCCCACAGCGGAGCGCAGGGGCUCUCCCAUGGACGAGGUGCUGGCGUCGCUGAAACGCGGCGGCUUCCACCUGCGCAAGGUGGCGGAGCGGCAGGCAGCGCCCUGCGAGAGCGACGAGGGCGACGAGGACAGCCUCAUGGCGCAGAUCCGCCGCGGCGUGAAGCUCAAGAAGGUGGUGCCCGGUGGCACGGACGUCGACGGGCCCCGCACCUACCCCGACGCAGACCCCCUCACGCGGAGCAUCCGCCAGGCGAUGAUGAGGAUCAAGGAGGCGUCGCCCGACUCGGACGAGGAGGAGGAGGAAGAGGAAAACAUGACGAGCGGCGAGUGGGAGAGCUGAGCGUCGCCCGCCCCGGGGCCCGGCGCACCAACGUGGCCGCGCCCGUGGGGGGAGGGGGAGGAGAGGGCUCCGGUCGCCGUGCGGCCUGCGCGAGCCGGGAGCUGCCGGGGCCUCGGCCGGCGGGGUGCACGGCACCCGGCGGGCCACGGGGGGGGGGGGGGAGCGGCCCCGCAUGAGCCGCCGGCACCGCCCGUGCCGUACCACGAGGGAGUCGAAGCUCUUCACGACCCGAGUUGGUUGAACGAGACCGUCUAAUUAACACGUUGGGGCUCUCGGCAACGGGACCCAGUGGCGCUGCCCUCGUUCAACAUUUGUACUCCGUCUUUGUUUAUUUAAUUGAGCAUUUUAUGAUUUUUAUGCAAAAAAAAUCAGUAUUGUGUUUAUUUAUUGGCUGGGGGAGACUUGUAUCCUACUCCCCUAUGAUGCACCAGGGACCCGGGGUCAAACCCGGGUCCCUCACUGUGAGGCCUCGUCUGCACGACUCGCAACUCGAGCGCCUCGCAGUCGAAGCCGGCCGGGUUGGAUACCCGGUCCCAGGCUCUGGUUCCAGAAGGGGCUGCGGCGCAGCAGCACAUUCACUUUAAACGCCGUGGGAGUCGCGGCGCCGGCGCCGGCAUCCCUGGCGCCGCUACGGGCCGAGCAGGGAGCCCGGGGUGGGGGAAUCGAGACACGGGGGGGCGUGUGCACCCACCAUGGAGCGGACACCGGCGGGGAGGCUGCGGGAGCUGCCAUGGGGGGGGGGGGGAGAUUGGGAUGGUGCUUUUUGAGAAGUGACGAUUGCAAAGUAGGUUCUUGUUGGGUAAGGAGCAAUGGCACUUUUCUGCCAGGAGGUCUUCACCACAGGGAUCCCGGUGGCCCCUCCCGUGCCCCACACUCGCCCCUCCCGUGCCCCACACUCGCCCCUCCCGUGCCCCACACUCGCCCCACUCGCCCCUCUCGUGCCCCACACUUACCCCACACUCGCCCCUCCCGUGCCCCACACUCGCCCCACACUCGCCCCUCACGUGCCCCACACUCGCCCCUCCCGUGCCCCACACUCGCCCCUCCCGUGCCCCACACUCGCCCCACACUCGCCCCUCCCGUGGUGCUCAGCCUCCGCCUUCCCGUAGCUUGGGUCCCGCGAAGCGCCCCUCGUCCCCGCCGAGCGAUCAACACUACACGGGGCGUGCCGCUGUGCUUUUGAGUUUAACCUCCACGUGUUUUACAAACUCAUCUAGAUGACUGUACACGGUGUUAUUUAUAGGCGUCUGGCUUUUUAAACGGUUUUGUGUUAAUGAAGCCCCACUCGCCCCUUGCCCUGGGGAUCAGGUGACCUUGCGCAGUUACCCAGGUCACAGGAGUCUGGGGUCCAGUGACCCAGUUCAGUAGUGAAUUAGAAUCCAAGGUCCUGACCCAAUGACAUUGGAUCAAGGUUCUGGAGUCCAGUGACGUCCCUGGCUCUGGGUGCGGCGGCAUGAUCCCCAGCACCGACGGCGCCGCGCUCGUGACGAGCGGGGCGGUGCGUGGCGCCCUGAGCUACGUGGAGGUGGGGCCCCGUGUGGGAGGUGGAGCGUCUCCGCGCUGCACAAGGAGCAGCAAGUCACCGCUGCACCUAAAGCAGGAAAAUCAGCAGCAGGAGAAACAAAAGUUCCUGGAUUGGCAGCAGCAGGAGGAUGGGAGAUGGCUGUGAUUUAAGUUUGUCAGGCGGUCUCAUCCCCAGGACGCCGGCCCCUGCCCCAGCCCCCAACGAGCAGGGUUUGGGUUUUGACUCCAGGAUGAGGCCUCGUCUCUCCGAGUCGCUGGGAGUGGUGGUGAUGGGGAGCGCCCGGGUCUCCGAGUUGACCAAAACCUUGCUUCUGUCGGAAGCGGAAGUCACCCGUGUCCCCUGUUCCAGCCGAUUCGGGGGUCCGUGGAUUGGGGCUCGUUCAUGGCCUCCCGUAUCCAGACCAUACAGGAGAGAGGUCACAGAGACCAGAGAUUUCUCUCGUGGACACCCAGGGUUAAUUAAGCACAGGACUUGUAUAACUGACAUGUGUAAACCCAUUUACUCUCAACACUUUCCCCAUUUCCCCUGCCUAUGACCGACUGCCUCUGUAUAAAUAAAUACGCCCACUGUU